AUGGGGCGUAUCUAUGCUCUUUUAACUGGUCCUCGGUUUUAUCGAACGUUUGGCCAGCCUGAGCGUGUACCAAAUGUUGUGGAAUCUAUAGGAAAUUAUUCCAUGUCUAUAGGAAGAGCUGUGCUAGCUUACGGUGGAAGGCUUGUUGGUAGGACGAUGGACCAUGAGUAUCGGCAUUUUAUUAACGUAUGGCUGAAAGCUAAAGGCUCGGGUAAAUCUGAGGAUAAUCAGGCGCUGAAGCGUUACGAUUUUGAUCUCGAAGGCGUUAACGCCGAUUUUCAUGCUGUUCGAAACGAAAACUUGUAUUUUCAUCGAGGGGCAUCUGGAGACAGUGGUCCUCUAGUAAUGUGCGCCGCCUGGUACGCAGUACAUGCUUUCGGUCGGCACAUGCUUUAUCCAGGAUAUCAGUUUCGCUUUUGA